AUGGGAAAGCCACAGCUCCGGCUGCGGGUCCCCCGGUGUUGUUCGAGCGAAAGGCCCCGGCGAUGUGUCGCUCUUCGCCUCGGUUUGGAAGUCGCCGCGCGGCUGCAAACGAGAACCUCGUUGCGGGGCCACCCGGAGUUCCUGGACGGACGGCGCUGCCGCCUGGGCUGCCGGGGGGCGCUGCGGGCGCUGCAGGGCCUGCAGCUCUGCGGCGCGGAGCUGGCGGAGGCCUUGGCGCCCCUGGCGCAGCAGCUGGACGCCAGCGAGGACCUGGCGCGCGGACUCGGAUCGACCCGGAGAUGGAGACGGUGCUUCGCGUGGCAGCCGAAGGAGCCCCUGGAGCCACCACCAGAGAAGCCCCGGCACGGGCAUUUGUGUGCGCUGCUGCGGCCGGGGGGCGGGCGCCUGCGGAACUGGUGCGCCGAUGAGCCUCGGUUUGAGCGUGGCCUGGGCGGCUUGCCGGAACCUGAGAUCACCUUUGAGGAGCUGGAGCCGUUUCUGGUGGCCUUCCGCACGGAGGAGACCCGCAAGGAGGCGGCCUUCCGCUGCCUCGACCUCCUGGGGGCCCGGGCGCCCACGUUGGGGCGACACGCGCAGAGCUCGCGGUACCGGCAGGCCUUCAUGGAGGCCUUCGCGCCGCUUUCGCUGCACAUGCGCCUGGAGGAUGACGAUCAGAACCGAGUGCCUCCCCACGGGACCUUGCCGGCCCUCCCGCACCGCGAGGUGCUGGUGCGAUCACUGCGCAAGCUGUCCGCCGACCCAAUGGAGGCAGUGGAUCCACUGGUGCUCAGCGGCUUGCAAAAGCGUUUCAUUUCUGGGUCCUUGGAGGUCAGUGAAGGUCCCAGUGUGGAGCUCGAUCAAAGCUUCCUGCGGCGGAGCCGGCCGGAGCUGCAUGGGCAGCACCCGCUGGGCUGCAUCCGCACCCGCAUGCAGCUCACCGCGGACAAGGACAUCCAGGUCCAGGUACACUACCCCGGCGAUACGGCAGCUCCUCCGAUCUCAGACAAGGGGCCGCUCUUCCGGACGGAGGUGCUGGAGCUCCUCGCGGAGCAGAUCAAACUCCCGCGCUGGGCCGUGAGGUCGUUGUACAAGGGCGACACGCAGCUGGACCCCCCGGUGGCGCCUGCCGCGGCAGAAGCGGCCGAAGCCGAAGCGGCUUCAGCGGCGUGGCCUGUGGCGGUGUUCUCCAGCGGCCUGCUGGGCUCUUGUGAGAUGUACACUCAGUUCUGCCGGGACGUGGCCUCCUUGGGCUGGGUGGUCAUCGCCCUGGAGCACGAGGACGGCUCCGGGGUCUUCGCCCUGGACACCGAGGGCCGGAAGAUUCCCUACGUGGAGAUGCCCAAGGGGAUGGACAUCGCGGGCUUCCGGCAGCCCUUUUUAGAGGUCCGCACUGAGGAGCUCUUCAAGGUGACCCGCGCCCUGCAGGCGAAGAACUUCUCGGGGCAGCUGGGCCAGGUGCUUCAGCGUGCGGACACCGAGCGCAUGAUCCUCAUCGGCCACUCCUUUGGCUCGGCCUCGGCCUGGCGAUUUCUCCGCACCGCCGCCCAGCGCAACGAGGCGCCAGGGUUCCAAUCGGCGCUGCUGAUGGACCUCUGGCCCGAGGUGCUGCUUGAGGCGGACUUUGAGUUCACUCCGCAGGUGCCUUUCGCGCUCACGGUGUCUGGGGAGUGGGUGGGCUACCCGAAGAUCAUGGCAGGCAACAAGCGGGCGGCCGCUCAUGAGAAGUGCCAAGGCUGCUUCCACAUCAAGGGCACCUGUCACCAGUGGAUCUCCGAGACCCAGAUGGCCAUGCCCAACUGGUUGCUGCGGCGGAUGGGUGCCAUGGGUCCCGGCGACUGGCCCUCCGCCUACGCAGCCACCAUGGUGGUGGUCGCUGCUUUCUUGGCCAACCACCCAGUGCCAAGCCACGAUCUGGUCGAGCCCUUGGCGAACCUUUGA